UUAUUCUGAUUGUUCACGAGAACAACUUUUUGUUCGAAAGAGCUAGGUUGAUUUAUAGAGAAAAUUUUCCAUGUAUUGAUACGCGGCUUUAUUCACAAGUAUCCAUUGGUACAAAAUAUUCUUGAGCUCGCUCAAUUUUUUGCAGUAAAAAAAAGAAAGAGAGAAAAGAUGGAAAGAUGGAAAGAAAAGAAAGGUUUCUUGAGGAUACUGCUAAUUGAUAAGACGACGUUAACCAGUGACAGAGAAGCAAAACGAGAAUACAGAACAGAGGUCACUUGAAGACGAGUUUGAAAAACAAUUCUUUUUUUAAAUUUAUAAAUGCUCACAUUAGAAGUGAAACGAGACAUUUAUAUAUAGGUGAAAGAAAAAGUCCGCACGAACAACAAUCCACCCAUCUCACUGGCAACCACGUCCACCGCUGAUGCGAAUGCAAAUUUGGCAUCGAAAGGUGACAUUGUGAUCAAAAGCUUUCUCAGUAAAUGUGGUGUGGCAUCUGGUAAUGGCCAAAUUGGUACCCGCAAAGCGCUAACGAUUGAACAAGAACUAGCCAAAUUAUCUUCGAUUCCAAAGGAUGAAUUUGAAUUCAAUUCAUUUUGGGAAGAGCACAGCAAAACACUACCCAAACUGGCAGCACUCGUUAGUAAAUAUCUCUGUAUAUCUGCAAGCAGUAUACCAACAAAAAAGACACGAAGAAUAAACGGUGUACUAGCCAGGUCAGCUAAACGAGUAGCCUUAACACGAAGUUCGGAUCCAUUGAUGUUUUGGCCUCAACCGAAUGAUCGAUUUGAUGAUGAUUUUUUAAAUUCAUUAGAUAAUAAUCUAAAUGAACCGAAGCAACAACAGAAUGCACAAACGAUAUUGGUUGAAGGAAGUCAAAUUGAUCAGGAAUUAGAACAGGACUAUGAAGAUGAAAGUCAAAGAAUUAUAGAAGAUCUUCUCUCUCAACUUCCAAAUGCAAAUUCUUCAACAGUUGAUGCAGUUAAUACUUUGGAAACAGCUGAACCACAAGAUCCUAGUCUCUAUUCAUGUAAUGAGUCUAAAUCACAAAUCUAUUUUGAUAUAAAACCAACAUCGAACGAUGAUAUAAAACCGACAAUGUAUGAUGAUGUAAUUCUAAUUGAACAACCUCGCCAAUCUACUUCUCUAAAAUCGUCUAUCAAUGAAAAACAUGACGGAGAUAACAAUGAAACUCUAUCAAAACUUCUCAAUAUAUUAUUCUCUCUACACUUUCAAACACAAGAGAAGUUAUUAUCAUUGUUUCUCGCUAUUUCAACCAAAGUAUCACAGCAAGAGCCGUUGAAUUUGAAAAGAAUCAUACAAAUACUAUUACAACUAUCGCCGACAUCGGCUUCUAGCUCAAAACCAACAGCAGUCAGGUCACCAUCGUCGUCUGCUACUGUCUUCAAUGCAGCUUCGACUGCUUCCUCGACUAUUCGAAAAUUAUAUUCUAAAAAUUUAUCUCAAACUACAUCAUCAUCGGCAUCAACCACAGCAGCAGCAAGGAAUCCUCCAAAGUGCCCUUUACUUCUUAAUGAUUUAAACAGAAAGGCACCGCAGAACGACGACGAUUAUGAAGAAGACCUUGAUAUUGACAGUUUUGAUCGUGCAAGUGAUAAGAAAAGAAAACGAUGUCCAUCUGCUAGAGCUGAUUCAUUAAUAUCUCGUGUUGAGAAUGUUAUUUUACCGAUGGAACAGUAUGUUCAAAAGAAAAUUAUUCCCUUUAUUAAUUUAGAAUAA